CCAAACGAAACAAAGCGAACAUGUCAGUGAUUUUUGGGAGGACUGUUGAUAAAUUACUUCAGCAGAUCCUUGAAAAUUCCUUAAAUGAUUUUGUUCACAGUUGGUUAAGCAAAAUCGUUUAUGAAGGAGUGGAAUUGAUUGAAAUAUUACGUGAAGAUUUCUGGAUUGCUAUCCAAAAGCUCGUUGAUCGGAUGCGAAAAGUUGAUGCUUCGAAAGUAUUGGCAGUUGAUUUUGUAACAAAAGUAACAAAUCAUCUGGAAAAGAUAAGAUUGAUGAAAGAAACUGGCGAAGUAACAUUUAAAACGACAUCAUACUUGAUGAACAAUGAUAAAGAAAUCGAAUUUCUUAAGAAAAUUAGCGAGAUUGUCAUCAUUCUUCUACUACCACGCGGAUAUUCAAUUGCACCUUUGAAGAAUCUUCUAUGUGAAAUUAUCGCUUACAAAGUUUUUUACUGUAGUAUCAAAAUGAUAACAGAACCUGAUUAUAUCAAUCAAAAAAUUAUUGAAGGGGUGCAGUCACGACUUGCGUCAAUUGCUUUAAGUCGACGAAGCUAUGAAUAUGCGACGAGCUUUCAAGAUUUUCUUCGGAUAAUUAACAAUUCAAGCAGUGUCGAAGAUUUACUUCAGAUGAGAUCCUCAAUAAUUAAUGACUUGAUGCAAGCGACAACAACUCAAAAUCUUCAACGAGCUAAGGGAAUUAACAUCGAAAGUGGAUCAAUAAUUGGAGUUAAGCGUUCGGACAUCAACGCUGCAUUGAAGCUUAAAAAAUACAUUCAACAACUUUCAUUUGCAAAGAGUGAAAGCGAAAAGAAUUUGACAAGACUAGGAUGGAUUGGAAAUCACUCAAAUGACUUGAAUUUGUCUCUCCAAGACAUUCUUUCGACAGUAGUGGGACGAAAGUAUUUGAUACGAUUUCUGGAAUCUUUGAAUGCAGGUAAUCUCGUCGGCUUAUAUACAAGCAUUGAAGAGCUUAGGUCAACUUCGAAAGCUAAUAUUCAUCAGCUUGGUGCUGAAAUUUAUUAUGCAUACAUUAGACCAAGUUUUGAGAUUAAACUUGAUAAGCAAGAACAAAGAAAGGUCGAAGGCUUCCUUUUAGGUGAUGACGCAAAUCAUGAAGUUUUCUUUGACAUUCAGAAGAAUGUUUUGAAGUUGUUGGAAGAAAAAUAUUAUCAGUCUUUUAUUCUCAGUGAUGAAUAUAAGAAAUUAAAAAAUUCCAUAACUUCUGAAGACAUUUCAAGCAUCUCAAUGAAUUCCUUGAAGACAAGUUUUGAUGUCAACACAGCAGAGGAUGAAGUUGAUGAUUAUGACACUGGAAUGGAUUUAACAAAUCACUCAACAUACGCUAAGAAUAAACUUGAACAACUACAGGAACGUCUGAAGAAUAAAAAGAAUGCUUUGGAAGCAUUAAAGUUGUCAGUGAAACCAGAUUCACAAAUCUUGUCGAUUUUAGAGAAAGAAAUCGAAAAUCUGAAGAAUGAGAAGAGACAACUUGAAGCUCAUUUAUUACGAACUGAAACAUGGACAGAACAUUUAGGCAAAUGGCGUGCAAAUGUAGAGACAGUUGAAAUUCCUGAAGACUGCGACACUCCUGAAUUUCUUAUAGUUGUUCAGGUUGAUGAGAUACCUAAAGAGGCCAAAGAAGAUGAAACUUUCGAACAGGAAGAAAACAUUUCCACCGGUUGGGUUGUGUUGCGAACUCUUGACGACUUUCAUGAACUGCAUAAAAAGAUGCGACCUCUGUGCACUCAACUAAAGAGCUUAGAUUUACCAUCAAACAAUACUUUCAUUCUGUUCUUUGGAAAGAACGAUAAGGGAUCUCUUGACAAAGCUAAAUCUCAGAUUCAACGAUACCUUAAUUUUAUAAUGGAAAAUCCAAAGUUGGUUGAGUCAGAGUUUUUGUUUGCUUUCUUAAGUCCAUCAUGUGACAAGUUAAAGACAAUUACACCAUCACCAAAGAAGACAAAAUUCUUUUCCCUUUCAACGCUAUUCAAAAGCAGCUCUUAUUCAAGCAGUAGCGAUAAAAGUGAACUUUGGGGAACAAGAGAUGAAGAUGAUGAUGAUCUGUUGUUGGUGUCAGAUGUUGCCAAUGAGAAUAACUUAGAAAGUGCAAGAGAUAGUAAAAUAUCGUCACAAAUUGAUGACAUGAGAGAUUCCAUUGCAGAGCCAAUUUAUCAUUUGCUGAGUGAAAUUUUUGAUCUUACGGGACCUUUCAAAUUUCUCCGCAAAUCCUUAAUAUCAUUCGUGCAAUUGACAUACGGUGGCACAAUAAAUCGCCAAAUAAGAGACUUGAUAAGUGGAUGCUUUGAUGAAACUAAUUUACAUCAUUAUUUGUCAUGCAUGUUGAAGACAUUAUGGCCAGCCAAUGAUGCUGAUGAUGAAGAAGAAAACGAAUCUUCCGUUCCUGAGCGUACUGACGACAUGAAAGAGAUGACUGCAAUUACUGCAAAGAAUUUAGUAAUUGACAACAUCCCUGAUAUAUUAAGUAAUCUCGUUGGAGCUCAAAAUGCCAAAAAUGGAUCCAUAAAGAUUUUCGAAAUCCUACAGAAUGAAACCUACAACAAACAUCUGAUUUAUGACUUGCUGGAAGUUCUUCUUGUGGAAAUUUUUCCCGAAAUCAAAAGCAUACCAUCGCCAAAACUACCAUAA